CCCGGAGUACAUCUGUGUCAGGCACAGCCAGCUAAAGCAGUCAUGUAUGCGCAGGCUCUGAUCUCUGGGGAGGUUCAUUACAGGGUCUCGUACAAGGGCAUUCUCUGCUUCUGCACAUCAGCAUGGAAGAAGCUCGUCAAGGGAAGAAAAUGCAACCUGGUCAUGAUGAAGAAGCUGUUGUGGAUAUGGGCAAAAUCAGCUCUACUAUCAAUACAAAUUUUGAGAAAGAAGAGCUAGAGAGCCACAGAGCUGUGUAUAUUGGAGUUCAUGUCCCACUUGGAAAGUCAGGCCGUCGACGGCAUAGACAUCGUGGGCACAAGCACCACAGAAGAAAAAAAGAAAAAGAAACUGAUAGAGAGGAUGGCCGAGAAUCUCCAUCAUAUGACACACCAUCCCAACGAGUGCAGUUUAUCUUGGGUACUGAAGAUGAUGAUGAACACAUUCCUCAUGAUCUCUUCACUGAAAUGGAUGAACUUUGCUUCAGGGAUGGAGAAGAAUAUGAAUGGAGAGAAACUGCUAGGUGGCUGAAGUUUGAGGAGGAUGUUGAAGACGGCGGUGAUCGAUGGAGCAAGCCUUAUGUAGCAACUCUGUCUCUGCACAGUCUCUUUGAACUGCGGAGCUGCAUUCUUAACGGGACGGUCAUGUUGGACAUGAGAGCAAACACACUUGAUGAGAUAGCAGAUAUGGUUUUGGACAGCAUGAUUGCCUCUGGGCAGCUGGAUGAAUCCAUAAGAGAGAAUGUGAGAGAGGCCCUUCUAAAGAGGCAUCAUCAUCAGAAUGAGAAAAAAUUCAGCAGUCGGAUUCCUCUAGUUCGGUCUUUCGCAGAUAUAGGCAAGAAACAUUCUGACCCUCUCUUGCUUGAACGAAAUGGGGAAGGCCUUUCAGCCUCCCGCCACUCUUUGCGAACAGGUCUCUCUGCCUCCAAUCUUUCCCUGAGAGGAGACAGCCGUUUGUCGGUUCUUCUCAGUUACCUCCUUCCUUCUUCAAGAGCUGGGACCCCGGCAGCCUCAAGGUGUACAACCCCUGUAACCACCCCUCAAAACACACCACCCUCCAGCCCUACCUGCAGGCUCCCGCCAAGCCCACCUCAGGGCAAGGAAUUGCUGGUGUCACCUGCCAGUGAUGAUAUUCCUUCAGUAGUAAUCCACCCACCUGAGGAGGACUUAGAAGUGCAGGAAAGCCAGGAAAAGAAGACAGAGGAAAAUAUUGGCAAAACACCAGGGCUAUUGGCAUCUCCACAGUCAGCACCUGGAAAUUUAGACACCGGGAAAAGUGGAGAUGUUAAAGCUACUGGGACAGGAGGAAGCAGAGAAAACAGCACAGUUGAUUUUAGUAAGGUUGAUAUGAACUUCAUGAGGAAAAUUCCUUCAGGAGCAGAAGCAUCAAAUGUGUUAGUGGGAGAAGUAGAUUUUUUAGAAAGACCUAUUAUUGCUUUUGUGAGGCUCUCCCCUGCUGUGCUUCUCUCGGGUCUCACAGAGGUUCCGGUCCCUACACGGUUUUUGUUUUUGUUGCUGGGACCAGCAGGAAAAGCCCCACAGUACCAUGAAAUUGGACGAUCGAUAGCAACACUUAUGACAGAUGAUGUUUUCCAUGAUGUUGCCUAUAAAGCAAAGGACCGAAAUGAUUUGUUGUCAGGAAUUGAUGAGUUUUUAGACCAAGUGACAGUCCUGCCUCCAGGAGAGUGGGAUCCAUCUAUACGAAUUGAGCCACCAAAAAGCGUUCCUUCCCAGGAGAAAAGGAAGGCACCUAAAUUUCCAAAUGGAUCUACUCCUACAGGAGAGGCUCUUAAAGAAGAAGGCCAUCAUGCUGGACCUGAACUUCAGAGAACUGGAAGGCUUUUUGGUGGUUUGAUACUUGACAUCCAAAGGAAAGCACCUUUUUUCUUGAGUGACUUCAAGGAUGCAUUAAGCCUGCAGUGCCUGGCCUCGAUUCUUUUCCUAUACUGUGCCUGUAUGUCUCCUGUAAUCACUUUUGGAGGGCUCCUGGGAGAAGCUACAGAAGGCAGAAUAAGUGCAAUAGAGUCUCUCUUUGGAGCCUCAUUAACUGGGAUUGCCUAUUCUCUCUUUGCUGGGCAACCUCUUACUAUCUUGGGAAGCACAGGACCAGUUCUAGUAUUUGAAAAAAUAUUAUUUAAAUUUUGCAGGGAUUAUGGUCUUUCCUACCUCUCCCUGCGAACUUGCAUUGGUCUGUGGACUUCAUUUCUAUGCAUUGUGCUUGUAGCCACAGAUGCCAGCAGCCUUGUGUGCUACAUCACUCGAUUUACUGAGGAAGCUUUUGCAGCGCUCAUAUGCAUCAUAUUUAUUUAUGAAGCAUUGGAAAAGCUUGUUCAUUUGGGAGAAGUGUAUGCUUUCAAUAUGCACAAUGAUUUGAAUAAACUGACUUCAUAUUCAUGUGUGUGUUCUGAGCCUGAGAAACCAAGCAAUGAAACAUUGCGUAUGUGGAGGACUAUGAAUAAGUCUGGAGAAGAUAUAGCGUGGAGUAACCUUACAGUUUCUGAAUGUUUAGAAUAUCAUGGUGUGUUUCGUGGAUCAGCCUGUGGCCAUCAUGGACCAUAUAUUCCAGAUGUUCUCUUCUGGUCUGUCAUACUAUUUUUCGCAACAUUUUUCCUCUCCUCUUUCCUUAAGAAAUUCAAGACCAAACGUUACUUCCCAACUAAGGUGCGUUCUACCAUCAGCGACUUCGCAGUAUUUCUGACCAUAGUAAUCAUGGUUGUGAUUGACUAUCUUGUAGGAGUACCUUCUCCUAAGCUUCAGGUUCCAGAGAAGUUUGAACCCACCCGAAAAGACCGAGGAUGGUUCAUAGAUCCUCUUGGAGGCAAUCCUUGGUGGACACUCUUGAUUUCUGCUCUUCCUGCUUUACUCUGUACCAUUCUCAUUUUCAUGGAUCAACAAAUAACAGCUGUUAUUAUAAACAGGAAAGAGCAUAAACUGAAGAAAGGCUGUGGUUAUCAUCUUGAUCUGCUCAUGGUUGGUAUUAUGUUGGGAAUAUGUUCUCUCAUGGGCUUACCGUGGUUUGUUGCUGCAACUGUCCUGUCUAUAAGUCAUGUUAACAGCCUGAAAGUUGAAUCUGAAUGCUCAGCACCAGGAGAACAACCAAAGUUUUUGGGAAUCCGGGAGCAGCGAGUGACAGGAUUGAUGAUUUUUGUGCUGAUGGGGAUGUCAGUGUCCAUGACAUCUGUGUUAAAGUUUAUUCCGAUGCCAGUUUUGUAUGGUGUCUUUCUUUACAUGGGAGUGUCUUCAUUAAAAGGCAUUCAGUUUUUUGACCGUAUAAAACUGUUUGGAAUGCCUGCCAAACAUCAGCCGGACCUGAUUUAUCUACGUUAUGUGCCACUCUGGAAGGUCCAUAUCUUUACAGUUGUUCAACUCACUUGUCUAGUUUUGUUGUGGGUGAUUAAGGCCUCUGCAGCUGCUGUUAUUUUCCCUAUGAUGGUCCUAGCAUUAGUGUUCAUUCGCAAGCUGAUGGAUUUAUGUUUCACCAAAAGAGAGCUUAGCUGGCUUGAUGAUCUUAUGCCAGAAAGUAAAAAGAAGACAGAAGAUGACAAAAAGAUAAAAGAGAAAGAAGAAGCAGAGAGAAUGUUUUCAGACAAUGACAGUGUACACCUUGCAUAUGGACAAGCAAAUCUGGAUUUUCCUGUAAAAACUUUGAAAUACAGCAUUGAUCCCUCAGUUGUAAACAUAUCAGACGAAAUGGCCAAAACUGCACAGUGGAAGGCUCUUGCCAUGAGUACUGAGAAUGCCAAAGUAACCAGAGCUAACCUGAGCCCUGAAAAACCAGAAAGUGUGAAAAUAGAAGUGGAAAAUUCACCGGUUGUGAGAUAUGUGGAUGCUGAAACAUCUUUAUAGAAUGGAACCAAUGGGAAUUGUGUGUAUUUGUGUGUGUAUAUACAUCACUGUAGGAUAUUAUACCAUGGAAGUGUGAUUUCCAGUUUAAGGAGCAACAUAUAUUUAAUUUCAGCCAUUGUUUAGGGCACUGUAGAUAUGCUUGCAUAAUGUGAAGAUUUUCCCAUCAAAUAAGAUGAGUGGUAAUCACACUUCAGCUAUUUAUUUUAUUGGAAAUUUUAUUUUCAUUUUUAAAUAGGAAGACUGUAAUGAAUGCUUAUUAUUUUCAAUAAUCAAUAUGUGCAUAAAAGUUACAUCAGCUUUUGCUGAUGAUUACUGGUCCAUAUUGCUUAAAAUUUUGCAAUACCUCUUUUUAUAAUGUGCGCUACAGAAGUUUUGUUUUCCAUGCAGGCAGUCAGUGCUUGUUUUUGCAGGGUAUACUUUUUUUGUGGUUUCAUAGAACAAAUGUUAAUGUGCUGUUGAUAAGAACUACUGUGUUUUAUGUCUCCACUCCAUGCUAGUGUUUUCUGGAUUCUGUCUCUCCUACUCUACAGAAAUGGCCUAGGGCCCUAAGUCAGGUGGUUAGUUAAGCCUUAAAAUGCAUCUAAAUACCCUGGUGUGCUGCUUUCUUUGUUUUUUUGGAUUCUCUUGCAUUUUCUUUAUUGUCCAAUAGCAGUAUGAGUGCAGUAAUGGUAGUUACAGUCCCAAGUCAGUAUUUGCCAUUCUGGACACUCCAUGUUUACACAGUAUGAAUUGGAUUUACAGGCACCAAUUGGUAUGUAGGAAAUUAUAAGUACUUACCACAUCAGUACUCUUGAAUUCUUUUCUUCCUGUUUUUACUUACAUUUUUUCCCACAGAUUUUCAGCAUCUGAUUUACUCAGCUCUAAGAUUUUAGGGUAUUUCAUAUCUUCAUCAAAUAUAUUUUUUGGUUAAUAAAUGUUUUAAUUUACUGCAUAUUUGAUUAAAUUAGUUGUAGCUCAAUUCUGGAAUAGGUUUAUGAUCAGUAUUAUUUUAUGGAUUACUAAUUGCUUGUGGUAUUUGUAUGUACAGUUCUGAUCUUCUCCAUUGUAAAGGGCAUAUAUGAUAGC